AUGCAAGAUGGAAAGCAGAUCAAGCUACAGAUAUGGGAUACCGCUGGACAAGAAAGCUUUCGAAGCAUUACACAAAGCUAUUACAGAGGAGCAGCAGGAGCAUUAUUAGUCUACGAUAUAUCCAGAAGAGAGACAUUUGAGCACGUAUCCACGUGGUUGGCAGAUGUUAGAAAACAUGCCAACCCUCACACAACUGUUGUGUUGGUCGGCAAUAAAUGUGAUUUGGAAGGUCGUCAGAGACAAGUUACUCGAGAGGAAGGAGAGAAGUUUGCUCGUGAUAAUGAUAUCCCGCUAUUCAUUGAGACAUCAGCUAAAUCAGCUGAAAACGUAGAAGAAGUAUUUGCUCAGACAGCUGAAGAUGUUUACGAAAAGAUCAAGUCUGGUGUCUUUUCACCUAAUGAGACAUCUGGUAUAAGAUUGGGUCAUACGCAAAGUGCACUUGCUGAUGAGACUCAGGGAGGAUGUUGUUAA